AUGGAGAAGAGCCACCAAGAAAACAUGGAGAGGAUGCGCAAGGUCCUGCUGCAGUACAAGCUGGCUGAACUAAAGCAGAUGGAAGCAGGAUGUGCCAUCAAAGCUGCCGCCGCAGCCGCAUCCUCGGAAGCAGCCUCCUCUCCACAGCCUGAAAACCGGAGCAUGAGCAGUUCGCCCCGCUGGAGCCAGGAGAGAGAGAAGCAGUUCCUGAAGCUGCUGAGGCAUGUGGUGAGUGUGGGAGAUCCGGAGAAGAAGUACGCCAGGUGGAAACGUAUUGGCAGUGGGGGUUUUGGCACUGUUUAUAAGGCCGUCAACACUGCCACAGGACAAGCGGUGGCCGUAAAGCAACUUAAUCUCCAGCACCAGGGCUGUGAGGAAGUGUUAAAGGAAAUCCUGGUCAUGCGUGAAAAUAAGAACCCCAAUAUUGUCACCUACUUUGAAAGCUACCUUGUCAAUGAGGCUGUCCUGCUGGUGUUGGAAUAUAUGGAUGGAGGCUCCUUAGCUGAUGUGGUCAGCAUGAGAAGGAUGGCUGCAGGACACAUAGCAACAGUGUGUCGGGAGUGCCUGCAAGGCCUGGCUUUCCUUCAUGCCAACCAGGUGAUCCACAGAGACAUCAAAAGUGACAACAUCCUUCUGGGCCGGGAUGGCUCCGUCAACCCUGAGCAGAGGAAACGGAGGUCGAUGGUCGGGACCCCCUGCUGGAUGGCACCCGAGGUGGUGAGAGGAGAGCCAUACGGCCCCAAAGUGGACACCUGGUCCCUUGGCAUUGUGGGAAUAGAAAUGGCCAAAGGAGAGGCUCCUUAUAUUCGGGAAACCAGUGACAGGGCUAACUACCUGAUAGCCAAGCGAGGGGUGCCAAAUCUGCACAAUCUCAGGCUACCCCCUGGCUUGUGUGAAUUUCUGGGCUGCUGCCUGCAGAUGGAUGUGGACAGGCGAGGCUCUGCCAAGGAACUUCUGCAGGAGCCGGAAGGGCAGCGUUUGGAGGCACAGCAGCUGCUGGCACAAGGGACAAACUUCCUUGCAGAGGUACAGAAGGAGCAGGAGAAAAGGCUGCUUGAGAUGAAGCAGGAAGUUGCCAGCAUGCAAGCUGAACAAGAAGAGGUCCCGCUAGGAGAGGUUCUUGCCACUCAGGACUCAUUGGCCCAGGCAGGAAAGGCUGAGCGGCAGGAGAGCACGGAUAGAGUGCACGGCGCCCAGGAGUUCAGAUGGAAGGAGUUGGCUGCAUUUGAGAGAAAGCACCACUCCUCCCUAGAGAGGGCGUCUGCAGUGGCGGCACAGACAGAGGAGGUAUGGCAGCCUCAGAAGGAUCUGCUGAAGGAAGAGCUUCCUCUAGCAGUGCCAAAGGUUUGCCGCCGACAGCGGCCAGCCCGCAGAGGUCUGGAGAAGCUGCUCCAGGAAUUCUCUCGCCAAGGGCACACACUGUCCCAGGUGUGCAGAGAGAAGGCGGUGCUGGCGUAA